UAGGCCCCAUCCGCCGGCCCGCCCGCACUACGUCUCCCGGCGUGCCACGGGGCGAGCUGCCGGAGGAACCGGAAUGGUCUUCGGUGCUGCUUCCGGUGCUGUGGCCGUCGGCGGGCUGCUGAGGGGACGCGGCGGCGUCCGCACAGGGAUGGGAAUGUCCCGGGUUAAACUGUCCUUGAGGUGAGGCCGAGAACGGGCCGGUGCUGGAACCCCGUCCUUCGACAAGGCCGUCCAGAUCCGCCGUGUUCUCCUCACCCUUGUUAACGAGCUUUCAAAGGCAAGUGAUGAGCAGCUCUGUAGAUGCUGUGUUAGUGUUCUCUAACUUCAGCAGCACUUGCCACAGAGAGUGUUCUGCAGAAAAAAAGGAUACAGUGUCCAUUUGAGUUCUACCUUAUCCAGGACUGGUUUCCUGUCUGCUAUCAGCAUGGCAACAUUGCUUAGAAGUGCGUGGUCCAGUUUCCUUCGGAUGCGUUCAGCAGCAACCUGUAAGCAGGCCCCACUGCAGAAUGGAGCUGUGUAUCAUGCUUGCCAUAAAUCUACAUAUUCGGUUCUCCCUGAAGACUACAAUUGCAAAGUGGAGCUUGCAGUGACAUCAGAUUUGAAGACAAUUGUCUGCUACCACCCUUCGCUUGAGAUUCCAUAUGAGCAUACAAAGCCCAUACCACGGCCAGAUCCAGUGAAUAAUAAAGAAGAAACCCUUGAUCAAGUUUUGAAAUCUAGAUUGAAUAAGAAAGAGCUACAGAACAAUACAGGUCCUACAAUUGAAGAGCUCAGCAAAAUGUUUUACACAACAAAACAUCGCUGGUAUCCUGUGGGACAGUAUCACAGAAGACGCAAGAAUCCUAAUCCUCCUAAAGACAGAUAAUUAAGAUAACUUCUUGAUCAUCAGUGCUUUGCUAUUAAUCUGUACUGGAAAUAAAAAUUACAGAAAGUGA